AUGAAAAAUACUGAUUAAAAUUGUGGAUAUAAGUCCUCUUUCUCCACGAAACAUCAAAAGAUUGAUGAGCAUUCCAAUGCGAUAUGCACUCCUGGAUUCAGUAUCAUUCAAAGUAAGCAUUAUUGGUCACUGGCAUUGUUCUGAUUUUGAGAGUUCAUUCAUAUUUGUUCUCUUUCUAAAUGCAAAUUUUGUCCUUUGUUUCUGGCCUUUCCAACAUGCCUUAUUCUUGAAUCUCCCCAUGUUCCUUAAUUACUCUUCUCUCACUAUAGUUCAUAUUCCAUUGAGUCUUCAUAGCUGUCCAGUUCUUUAGCAAUUGGUUGCUCUUGGAUUCUAAUUCUAUGACAUCAAUUUCCAUGAAAAACAGACAAAGUAACAAAUUGCAGCACUGGAAACCAUGUGUCUGUCUAAACUUUGAAGCAACAUAUUGAACUGAAAGUUGAGGAGAACUGAAACAAGAGUGUACGUAGAUGAUGUCUGAAGAGUCACUGAGUAUUGUGGUGAUCCACUAUGCAUCAAGAGACUUCAACACAAGGGCCAUAAAAGUGGUCAUGCAGGGAUUUUCACUUGGUCGUGGAGACAAGCUUACACUUCUUGUAAUUCUUCGCCAAGCUCAUAGUCCCAGUAGGCUUCCCUUCAUUGCACCUGCAAAAUUGCUUGGAUUAUUUGAGACUGAUCACAAAAUUGUUGAGGAAGAAGUUGCUAAGAAGAAAGAAGAGCUUCUUAAUAAUGCAAGCUUAAGGGAGAUUUCUGAGCUGUGUGAAGCAGACAGGAUCCAAUUCCGGGUAGAAGUUCUGCAGGGUAAAUUACCAGAGGUUGCUGUAAAUGCUGCCAUCCGUCUGGAGGCAACAUCAGUGAUAAUUGAUAGACAGAUGAAGAAAUAUAAAAAGGAAUUCAAGCAGAGUCUCUUUUGUUCUUUGCUAAUAAUGAAACGUGACAACUCUGUGCAACACUUGAGAGGGCCAAGGGAAACACAUCUGUGUGAUGGAAGCAAUGGAAAUGCAAGAUGUGUUAGAUGUCCUAUAUCUAAAUCUCCCCGAAGAGUACGGCAAGUGACAAAUUCCUGCUCCAAUACCAGCUCUUCAUUUCCUACUCUUGCAAAGGGUGGUUGCCCCCAACCCCAAUUUUAUUCUCAAAUAAAACAAAUCCCUGAAAAUAGAGUAGAAGACAUGGAAAGAGGGUAUUGCCUACUAUCCAUUACUGAUACUCAAAAAACUAAUCAUACUGAAGAGUAUUACAUAGAAACACCAGCAGAACAUAGCAACAACCCUGAAGCAUAUCAAAUAGUUGAACAAUUCAAAAAUUCUGUUUGCUCAGUAUGCAAGAACAGAAGACCAAAAUUUGAAGUGAUGAAAGAAUUCACAUAUGCAGAGCUGCAUGAAGCUACACAAGGUUUUUCACCAAAAAACUAUUUGUCCGAAGGAGGAUUUGGUUCUGUCUACAAAGGAAGGCUGCAAGGAGGACUAAGGAUUGCUGUUAAGCAACAUAAAUGUGCAAGCCUCCAAGGAGAGAAGGAAUUCAAAUCUGAGGUCAAUGCACUCAGCAGAGCUAUACAUGAGAAUGUGGUCAUGCUGCGUGGAUCUUGUUCAGAAGGAAAUAACCGGCUUCUUGUGUAUGAAUUUAUUUGCAAUGGCUCUCUUGACCAACAUUUAUCACAACACUCACGUAGGCCACUUACUUGGAAAGAAAGGAUCAAAGUAGCUAUUGGAGCUGCAAGAGGCUUGUUGUACUUGCAUCAGAACAAUAUAAUACACCGAGAUAUGAGGCCUAGCAACAUCCUUGUUACACAUGAUUAUGAAGCAAUGCUUGGAGAUUUUGGUCUGGCUAGAACUGAACAAAUGGACUCCUUAUACUCCACAGAUGUUGUUGGAACUAUAGGGUAUUUGGCACCAGAAUAUGCAGAGUCAGGAAAACUGUCAACCAAGACAGAUGUGUAUGCUUUCGGUGUGGUUCUUCUUCAGCUAAUAACUGGAAUGAGGACUGCAGACAAACGUCUUGGGGAAAAAAGUCUUGUGGGAUGGGCUAGGCCACUACUCAAAGAAAGGAACUAUCCAGAUCUAAUUGAUGAAAGGAUGUUGGAUAAUCACGAUUGCCAUCAGCUUUUCUGGAUGAUUCGUCUGGCAGAAAAAUGCCUCAGCAGGGAUUCUCAGAGGCGAUUAUCAAUGGAUACAGUGGUGAAUGCCUUAACUCAUAUACUGGAAGGCAACACAUGCAGUGUUGUUCUAAGAGAUUGCUCUCCAGCACAAUCAGAUUCAUCAUAUGACAUGUCAGACUUGCUUAUCUCAGAUACCUCUCAGGAGAUAGUAUGUGAAGAUACAAGCAACUAUGCAGGAUAUGCUUCUAUGUGCUUCAGACCACCACCAUCUCCUCCACUAGGAAGCACUUCCUCAAGUACAUCAAGCGUGUUCACAGGGCUGAGUGAAUCUCCUAUAGAUGAUUUGUCCAAUAAUAAGAAUAAGGGUAAAAGGGCAAAUGAACAAGGUGGGAUACUCUAAAAUCAUUAUGGUCUUGUUUGAGUUGUUCUUAACAUAAUAAUAAGAUAGGCUAUCCAUUGUAUAAGUAAAAUUAAAAGUAUCCUCUUUUCAGUAUAAAUGAUGUCUUGUUGCUUAAUUCCUUAUAGAAAUUUUGUUUCCUGCUCUCAGAUAUAUUUUGUAUCAAGGGAAAUGUUGAAUUUUAACAUUCUGACAAGAUUCUCAGCUAUAUAAAGCCAACAAUUCUAAUUGAUUAAAAGAAACUUGCUCGUAUUGUCAAAUGCUCGAUUCUCAAAAAGUAGGAAGUGAAAGAAGGUUUUCCAAAACUCAAAUUAUGAGCUUGGCCACAAGAAAGAGGGAAACUAACCACACUCAUUACCAAUAUAAUCGUUAUUUAGCUUCCUUAGCCUGCACGAUGAUAUCCAGAAAAAAAAAAAAAUUACAAAGACAUUGUAAAGCUUUAUAUUGAGGAAAGGUUUACAUACAAACAUAUUACACCCUUAAAUAAUAGCUAUACAGAAUGAGUGCCGUUAUAAAUUGGAAAUCUAACAAAAUACAUGUAAACUGUACUCCAGAA